AAGUUCCCUACCGCCGCCGCCCGCCGUAAAACCCUGCCCACUUCCGCCCUCGCGACCCAAACCUCCGUCGCCAGUUCCGGCGACCACCGCAGAGGCAAAGACCCGGCCGCCACUCUCCGCCGACGAGGGGCGCGGGACGGUGACAGUGGACUGAGCAGGCGACCAAGAAGCAGCAACCUUCUUCAAGUCCGGUGAUUCCUCCCUAAAAAGCCAGGAAAGAUGGCUGAGCAUCUCUUUGAGGAUAUCUUCGAAGUGCACAGGAUCGAUCCUGAUGGGAAGAAGUUUGACAGAGUUAACCGCAUUGAGGCUAAAAGCGAGCAGUCUGAUAUGUACAUGCAACUAGAUGUCGCUACCGAUAUCUACCCAAUGAGUCCUGGUGACAAAUUCACCAUGGUUUUAGCUCCUACACUCAAUCUGGAUGGAACUCCCGACACUGGCUUCUAUACACAGGCUGGUAGGAAAACACUUGCUGACAAGUACGACUAUGUCAUGCAUGGAAAGCUUUACAAGAUUUCAGAGGAGACUAAGGCUGGUCAACUUCCUAAAGUUGAGAUCUAUGCGUCUUUUGGUGGCCUCCUGAUGUUGCUCAAAGGUGAUCCUACAAGCGCUGCCAACCUCGAGCUGGAUCAAAGGCUGUUCCUCCUCAUGCGCAAGGUGUAAACGCACCAUCUACUGGAUCACCAGCGCUUCUUGUUCACUCUAGGCUAUGCUGAGCCUGUGAUCCUUCCAAUCCUAAUCGUCCUCCCCCAGUAUGCACUCUUCGGGCAGUGAUAUAACUCUAGAUUGGUACAAUGGCCUUAUCUUUAAGCACCAGUCACUUAAUCUUGUUCCCCUGGAGCAUAUUAUGUGCGCAAUUAUGUACAAUAUUUGUGUUUGGGUGCAUUGCAAUGCUGAAUGAAUGUAAUGUUUGGUGAUUA